UAUUUUAUAUAGACGGCUGCUAAUCCUCAAAAGUUGUGUAACAAUGGCAUCGAUUUCGGAAGGAAAGCCCAAGCGCAAAUACACGCGAAAGAGCCUGCCUGUCAAGCAUGAGCUUACACCAGAAGCGGCUGCAGCGCAAGCGGCCGCUCUGGACGCGCCGCUAAGCAAACUUGAAGCUGCGGAGUGCUUGAUUGGAAUGGCGGACCUUGUUUUCACGCAAACGGGAUCCGCGCUUGCAAUCAAGGCAAUUGCCGGUGUGUUCGGCUUCUCAGCGGAGGCGCUGGAGGAGGGAAUGCGCAGCGUGACGCAGCACGUCAAGCUCGGCGUUGCGGCGCCAGGCAGCGCCGUCGCCGCGGCCGCAGCGGCAGCCGCAGCCGCUGCCAACGGCAACGGCGCCCACGUAACGCCCGCGGCCGGCGCCGCCAGCGGCACCAAGAAGCGGCCUGCAGCAGCAGCAGCAGCAGCAGCAGCAGGCGGGGCAAACGGCAACACUGAUGGCUCUGCUGCUACUGCUGCUGCUGCCGGGGGUGGCUCGGAGCCCAAGGCCAAGCGCAUCAAGGCUUAUGCGCCCAUCCAGCUGUUCCAGUCCUUUGUGGCCAAGGAGCUGCCCAAGCGGCCCGAGCUCAAGGCCGGCCAGGCCAUGCUGGCGGCGGCGGCGGCGGCGGUGGAGAGGGACCAUGCGGCGGCGGAGGGCGGCGCCGCUGCCGGCCCGCGGCGGGGGCAGCAGAUGGCGGUGGCGAGCCGCAUGUGGAGGGCCCUGCCGGCUGAGGACAAGGCCCGGCUGGAGUCCCGCCUGCGCCCCUUCCUGGACGGCAUCAACGCCCACCGAGCCACGGAGGCCGCGGCCGGUGCCGGCGCUGCUGGGGGUGGUGGCGGUGGUGGUGGUGGCAGUGGUGUGGACCUGCUGGGGCGGUACCUGGCCUGGGCGGCGGCGCACCCGGAGGGGUCACUUACGCGGCUGCUGAGGCUGGAUGGAAACAAGGACGACCUGGAAAAGGACGCGGCCAAGGCCGCGGCCAGCACCGCCACUGCAGCCAAGCCGACGGCGGCGGCGGCGGCGGUGGCGAAGCAGCCUGGUGUGAUCAUUCCGCUGGGCAAGGCUGCGGCUGCGUCCGCAGCGGCGGCGGCGGCGGCUGCUACGCCCAUGGACGUUGAUGAGGAGGAGGCGGAGGAGGAGGAGGCGGAGGGUGGGAGCGGCAGCAGCGAGGAGGAGUCCUCUUCGUCGGAAGAGGAUGAGGACGAGGAGGACGAGGAGGAGGGUUCGGAGGGCUACAAGUCCGCAGCCAGCGGCAGUGACAAGGAGGAGGAGGAAGAGGAGCAGGAUGAGGAGGAGGAGCAGGAGGGCGAGGACGAGGACGAGGAGGAGAGCAGCAGCGAUGACAGCGACAGCAGCAGCAGCAGCUCUGACCAGGGGGAGGCUGAGGAGCAGAAGAACAAGGGGCCGGGGGGCGGUAAUAAGGUGCUGACGGCGGCGGCGGCGCGGGCCGCGGGCAAGGCUGCCCGUGUGGUUGUCGCGUCUUCCUCAUCGGAGGAGGACUCGUCGGAGGACGCGAAGGAGGCGCAGGAGGGCAAGGGCCAUGUGGGGGUGGACAAGGGCGGCGAUGGCGAGGACAGCAGUGACAGCGACAGCGACAGCGACAGCAGUGAGGUCAGCAGCAGCGACGAGGAGGAGGAGGAGGAAGACAAUUAAUUAGGUGAAGAGGACGAGUGAGCGGGCACACAACUACUGAGGGGGUGGUGGCGGGUUGGGGGAAUGGCAGGGUCCAUGUUGGAGGCAGGGUGUGGGUGGGGGCUGCAAAUACCAGCCCAAACUCAACCAGACCAAGCCAAGCUCGGGGGAGUGCAGAACAGCGAUUGGUGAGGUGGGGGGGGCUGGGGUGGUGUGCGCGCUUGUGUGAGGAGUUCAGAGGCAGGUGGGGCACUGAUGGUGAUGACGUGGUGGGGCAGGGUGUGGGGUGGGGAAUGGAUUUCCAUGUGGCUGGUGAAGGGGCGGGGGGGUUACAUGCAUUAAGUUUACAAAGUGAAGUCGUAGCCAGGUACAAAGGCGUCGUUACCGAUGUCUGCGGAGUCCAGCGUCCGGCGCCCAGCUCCAGUAUGUCCAGGCGCUCCGAGGCUGCUGCUCUCCCAAUUUGCUGCCUACUCUAAGUUGAGAUGGGUUGUCCGAGCGUGUUUGACGGAUGAUAUUGGAGUGGCCUCGCAAAAAGCAAGUGGAGAGAUGGUGCGCUGCCGGUGCUGCGUGUGCGGUGCGCACCCGCCUCAUGCGACGGGCGUGCUGCGUGUGGACACGCGGCCCGGCGCAUGUGGGCGGCAGAGCAGGGUCAGUGCUCACUCCUGAACACCGCAAACCUAAUAGAGACGUAGUGGGAAUGGAGCAGUGUAGCAGUGGCUGGCGUGAGCGUCUAUCUAGUCAGCCGAGGGUUGCAUACCGGAAUUGAUGGUGCAUGCGCUGCAGGGCGAAGGAACCCCGGGGUAAGCGUAAAUAGCCCUAGCCCAACCCAUGCGUCCGGUGGAUGGAAUGGCACAGCCGCGCAGCAUGUACACAAUCACAUUUGCUCCAGUUGUGAUGGAUUGCUCCUGGCCCAACCCGCGCGUGGUGCCGUACCUGCCGACUGCGCAUUGCUGAUACCAGCAGCCAAAGUUUAUCAUGCCCCCAUUCCACCAGGUCCUUAUAGACAACAGUCAUUUACGUCUCUUCCAGAGUAUGGCACUCUGCUAGGAAGGCCCGUGCUGCCAAAGUUGCAGGGUUGACCGCCGGAUGCCGUGGCAGUGCUCAUAUCUUCCAUCUACACUGUAGAAAUC